GCUCAUGGCCGAAAAUAUGUGUUAAUUUUCAUUCAUAUGUUUUACAUGUACCGUAUCAUUAAGAUUUGUAUUACUUUCUAUAUUGUAUAUCACUUUCUAUUACUGCAACUAUAUUAUGUUCGAGGUUUUAUUGAGUGAAGAAGGAGUGUAUAGGUUUUUUCUAUCCUUAUUACACUAAAGAUGACAUCAUAGAUUAAACAAAUAGCCUAGUGACAGUUUAUCCCUUCUAGUUAAUAAAUGUACGGGUAGUUAUAGUAAUUAUAUCUAUAUAUAAAAUGUACUGUUUAUUAGUGAUUUCGAAAGAGAAGUGAGAGAAAAUUCAGUGGGAAGAAGGGAUAUUCUAGUUGUAUAGCAGAGAAACUAUUUUUGGCAAUCCUGAAUAAGUCAUUUGUCGGUUAGAGAUCAUCCUCUUUCUCCUCAACCUGACUCAACACCACACCAUUCACCUUUAAAUAGUUCAACUUUUCAAAUUUUCCGGCAAAACAUCAAUUAGUGUAGGAUAAUUUCAUAAAAAUGUUCAAAUCUGUUGUAGAAUGUUGCAAAAACAAUCCGUUUGCCAGUCCUUUUCAAACGGCCAAGUGCGAAGGCCGCAAAGAGCCUAUUUUUGGUAGAACCAUUGGGGCAGCAGCUACUCCCACUAUUGUACCUGGAGACAGCUGUGCAUUUGGAUCUCAAAAAUACUUUGCACUAUGCGGUCUUGGAGGAAUUCUGUCCUGUGGAAUCACUCAUACAAUGGUGGUUCCAUUGGAUCUGGUGAAAUGCAGAAUUCAAGUCAACCCUGACAAAUACAAAUCUGUUGUGAAUGGCUUCAAGGUCACUCUUGCUGAAGAUGGAAUGAAGGGCUUAGCAAAGGGAUGGGCUCCUACAUUUUUCGGCUACUCUCUGCAGGGUCUUUGCAAAUUUGGCCUGUAUGAAGUCUUCAAGGUAUACUAUUCCGAUAUGAUUGGCGAAGAAAAUUCCUAUGUAUACAGAACAUGGCUAUAUCUUGCUGCCUCUGCUUCUGCUGAAUUCUUCGCUGAUAUUGCUCUGAGUCCCAUGGAGUCAGCCAAGGUCAGAAUUCAAACACAGCCAGGAUUUGUAGGAACCCUGAGAGAGGCUUUGCCAGUAAUUUACAAGGCUGAAGGAAUGAAUGGCUUCUAUAAGAGUUUAGUGCCAUUGUGGAUGCGACAGAUCCCAUACACAAUGAUGAAGUUUGCCUGCUUUGAAAAGACAAUUGAACUUCUGUACAGGUAUGUAGUUCCAAAGCCAAGAGACCAAUGCACGAAAGGUGAACAGUUGGUUGUGACAUUUGCUGCCGGUUACAUUGCUGGUGUAUUCUGUGCCAUUGUGUCUCAUCCUGCCGACACUGUUGUUUCCAAAUUGAACCAGGAGAAGGGAGCUUCAGCCGCUGAUGUCGCUAGGAAACUUGGAUUUAUGGGAAUGUGGAAGGGACUUGUGCCCAGGAUUGUGAUGAUUGGUACACUGACUGCCGCACAAUGGUUCAUCUACGACGCUGUCAAGGUUUGGCUUGCACUUCCCCGUCCCCCACCACCAGAAAUGCCAGAAUCGCUCAAGAAGAAACUGCAAGCUCAAGGGAAACUAUAAGCAUUCAACAUUAGAAAUAGUCUAGUCAAUAACUUUAGAACUGUUCUCUGAAUCCGAGGCGAUUAAGUAUUAAUCCGAUUUUCGCCGACAUAAAUCAAAAAAUGUAUAAUUUUACCCGAGAAUCUUCCCAUUUGAGAUGCAGUAUAAAUGAACUGCAAAUAAAUCUUUUCAUGAUUUUAACAACCAAUAUCAUCCACUCCGACCCUCUUACAAUCUAGUGAUAUAUUGUAAGUUGUAUUGGCUUUAAAAUUAUCACGAUCGAUAUGCUAGUAAUGUUCGCAAAAAUAUUGUACAAUCGUUGAAAAUUAUACAAUAAAUUCUGUAAAAAGUAUUGUAAUUAUUUAUGAUGUAAUAAAAAAUUUAAUAAUGUUCUAAA